UGCAACUCUGUAAUGCUUAAGUUAGUGCAUUUAACAUAAUUUCUAUAUCACCUAUGCUGUGUCGUGGUGACCCUGACCUAUUUUUGCAAACCGAUAUAAAAUUCAGUCUUUGACCUAUUUUGUCUUUAUCGCUUAGUUUUUCAGUAAUCUUGCCAGUUCUUGGUGUUCAACAAUAUAAAUAAUGAAUGCAACAAUAAUUGGUAUACGAUUGAAUUGAUUUUAAGAAGUACAAUAGUGUUCCAUUUUAAUUAGAACAUCAAAAAUGAUCAAUGGAGCGCUGGUGGAUUAUCAAGCAUGCCAAGUGCAAAUCUAUGCUUUUCAUGAUUGAUUUCUGGUUGGAUAAGUGUCAAAGUGAUCCAUUCAAACUUAAAUAAAUCAGACAAUCACUGUGCUAAAUAUCAAUACAGAAACGCAUUCUGCAAUAAUGGAUGAUGGCAAGCAAGCCUCCAGAAAGGGUGGCCCAAAGAAAGACUACCUGUUCCGACUGAGCAGUGAUUCCAACCCGGGCUCAGCAGGAAACUGGGAGGACGGUGACAUUCCCGUCUCUGAGGUGACCAAUGGUCAAUCUGGUUCGGCCAAUGGAGGUACAGGAAGGCAGCGCUGCCAGAACAGACUGGACAGCAUGUCGCACAUGUCCAUCCCAGAAGACCUGCGCAUCAGUUUUUCCGAAUUUGAAGAGGCAAACUCGAUACAGUUGGGGGAUAUUCUCACAUAUUCACCUGCGGGUGACGUUGAUCUAAAUUCCACAAGCUUGAGUACUUUAGAGCCGGUAAAAGAUGAUGAUUCCCAGUUAAAAAACAUUAACACUGCUAUAUCCUCCACAUCAGGAUCAGACUUGCACAAGAUGGCUUCUGUCUGCAAACAGUCAGAAACAAACAUCGGUAACGGUAUGGAUAGGAAUUCUCGGCCUCUCUUGUAUAACAUGGUCAGUUCCGAUGUGAAGUCUGAAGAGCUCUCAGACAGCAUGUUUGACAACGAGUCGUGGAAAGACGUGACCAAUGAUCAGCAGGUGUCAACUGUGGGUAGCAGCGGACAGGGCCUGCAGAAGAAGAAGGCUGUAGGCGCAAGGCGCAGCUCCAAGAACAAGCACCUGACUAACAUAGCGUGCCAGGUGUGUGGUGAUGUGGCUGCAGGAUUCUACUGUGGCGCCUAUAUCUGUGAGGCCUGCAAGAAAUUCUACAUGAGGGCCUACAAGCAAGACAAGCUCAAGUAUGUGUGCCUGAGAGACAAGAAGUGCGUGAUUACAAAAGAGAGUCGAGUACAGUGCCAGUACUGCAGGUUCCAGAAGUGUGUGCAGUUGAACAUGUAUUGCCCAAAACAAGGUGAAGCAGAAAGUGGGAAGGAGAUGCAUAUGUCAGAGAUCCCUUGUAGGGUCUGUUCAGCCCCUUCAUCAGGCUUCCAUUUUGGGGCCAUCACGUGUGAGGGCUGUAAGGGAUUUUUCCGCAGAAUGGCUAAAGAACGUGAAGCAGAGAAGUAUCAAUGCAAUAAGUCAGGGGAUUGUGAGAUCAACAUGGUCACACGUAACUUGUGCAAAGCUUGUCGCUACAGAGCAUGCAUUAAAGCAGGAAUGUGUGUUGAUGGAAGUCGAAUUGGGAGACAGCCAAACUCUGUAAAACAUGCGAUCUCCAUAGAGUUAAAGAGCCAUGGUAAAGACCAAUAUCCAUUUGAGCCUGCGAUGGGGUUGACAAAAGUGAAAGAUGAACCAGUUGAUAGGGAGAGCACAUUUAAUGACGACAAAUCAAAUGACCCUUAUAACUGGAAUGCACAGUGGUCACCACCUGACUUCCAGUCUAUUGGGAAUGCAAGGCCUAGUUGUAAAAUGUCAGACAAUCAGUUCUUGUCUACGGUAUCAGCUGCCAUAAUGGGGGCUGAGCCCAGGGACACAAGUGCCCAAGAGGGGGCACCAUGUCUGUCACCAGUGAAGGCAGUUCCAAGACAAACUAUGGUUUCAACCACUCAGAGUUGGGCAUCAAACUCGUACACUGGUAGUCCUAAACCUGCAACGCUACCAGGGCCCAUGAGGAGCAAAGAUGGAUCAUCUUUUUCGAAGUCAACUAACAUGGCAGUGAAAAGCUGGCUUGAUUCCAUGCCAUUUGACACAGCCAGUAAAACAGUGUCAAGUAAUGAAUAUCAAAACAAUGGUGACCAUUGGGACAUCGGUACAUCCCCCUCUGCACAUAGCUUGUCUGCUGGACGGUUUGUUAAAGAAGAAAAUAAUCUAUAUGAUUGUAAACAAAACUCUUCAAAUAUACCAAAGGCAUUAGUUAAUUUAAGCCCAACUGCUACUAGUAGCCGUGACAAUCCAAUCACACAGUAUUAUGCUAACAAAUCUAGCGCGGGAAGUGUUUCAGAUGUGAGAGACAAUUCUAUAAGCCAGUAUAAUUCUAGGAAAAAUGGAACGGGUAGUGUAUCAAACAUGAGGGAGAAUAAUAUGACCCAGAAUAAUGUAAGAAUAACUAGCAUAGGGAGUGUUGCAGAUGUGAGAGAAAAUAAUAUGACCCAGUAUAAUAAUAGAAAAGCUAGCAUAGGAAGUGUGGGAGACAUGAGAGAAAACACUAUGACCCAGUAUAAUGCUAGAAAAGGCAGCACAGGAAGUGUAUCAGACAUGAGGGAUAAUACUAUGAACCAGUAUAACGCUGGAAAAGCCAACAUGGGAGGUGUAUCAGAAAUGAGGGACAAUGCUAUGACUAAUUACAAUGCUAGAAAAGACAGCACGGGAAGUGUUUCAGACAUGAACCCUUGGUCGAAGCCAAACAAUGAUGAAACUUCAGCCACCCAGUUGGACACUUUACCGGGACACAUAUUUGGACCCAGUAACCAAGCACCUGUCAGCAACUGGAACAAUUCUUCAGGGAAUCAGUCCAUGCCUGUGCCUCAGUCCCAACCUGUACCUCAGUCCAUGCCAGUUCCUCAGUCCAUGCCCGUUCCUCAGUUGCCUUAUCCUGCCAGGACUGAUAAUGUAGGAAUAAAUGGGCCAGACCUCAACAUGAAUGAGUUCAUCAACAAAAUAUUUGAUGCAGGAAAGGGUCUACAGCUGUUGAAUUAUCGGGUGUUCGAUACUGAUAUGAACCCUACCACGACCAUGAGUGUAGAUGACAUCAAGGCACUCUUUAAAAGCAACUACAUGGACCCAAAGGCAGGGAAUCAGAUUCGUUCUAAGGUGGACAUGUCCAUCUUCUCCACUCGGGAGUCAACAUGGAACUACAUGAUGACCAAUUUCCAUAACAACACCUACAUUACUAUCCGCUUUGCAAAACUUGUCCCUGGGUUCAAAGGCCUGUGUCUGAACGACCAGGUGAAGCUUAUACAGUCAUCCAUAUAUCCGAUAGAGCUGCUCAACAUGUCCAAGGUGUUUGAUCCUGACACGAAGAAAUACAACUACUUCACGUACACGAAGGAAGAGGAAAACAUCAUGAUGGACCACUUUCCUAUGCUUAGAGUGUUCCAGGAACAUUUUCUUCACAUCGGUGAGAUGGUAACAGAGUUUCAUUUCACAGAUGAAGAGUUUGCAAUGCUGUCAGCCCUGUUGUUGUUCCCAUCAGAAAUCCAUGGAUUGGAAGAUCCAAAAGCAGUGGAAGCCAUGCAGACGGAAGUCUCUGCUGCAUUGCAGUAUUAUGAAGAAGUGACAUUCCCUGACGGACUUACGCGGUAUGGAAUCCUCCUGGUGCGUGUGGCAGAGCUAGUGCAAUGUCUCCUGCAGCAUAACCUCGCUAUAGGACUCCUUCUUACACAGAAUCCUACAAUCAAAGUCCCACAACUCUUUCACGAACUCAUCAUUGAGAGCAUAAAAGAGGGACAGAAGUAGACUGGUCACCGCUUAUAGUUCUUAAAAACUGGUUACCAGUUAUACUUCUUAGAGUGGUUACCGGCUAUAGUUCUGAAAGCCUGGUCACGGGCUAUAGUUCUUAUAGACUAGUUACCAGUUAUAGAUCAUAGGCUGGUGUCCAGUGUUUUGUUCAGCAAAAGAUUACUGGUUUUUGUUCAGAAUUGGAUGUUUUGAUUGGUGGUUUCGUUGUUUGGCUAAAGUUUGACAACUGUUUCCAAGAGCUAAGAUAGCUUAGAGAUCAGUGUCUGGUUACAGUUUAUAAACUGGAAUCUGGCUAUAUCUUGAUGGCUAUAGUGUCGAAUUAAAGUUCAGAGACUGGUGUCAAACUUUAUUUCAGAGAUUGUUUUUCAGCUAUAGUUCAAUAGUUAAACAAAUGUUCUGUGUGAGGUUAGAGUUAAAUCCAACACUGGUUAUAGGGCAAUGCCUGUUAGAUAGACAGUAAUCUCAGAGUUAGCUGAAAUUGCGUAGUCAAACUAAACAGCAGUGUAUAAGUGCUUGUGUUGUCAUGACAAUCAUAAACUUUUCUUGUCAUUUGUGCUUAUUCAUAUUGUGCUCAAUUAAAUGUACUAUUUUGUUGAUGAUAUACAUUAGAGUAUCAAAAUCUGUAUACUUUUUAAAAAAAUAUGUCAGUUGGUUUAGCAGAACUAUUGUUUCCUCGUUUAUUCAGGGAGUUACAGACCAUAAGAAGCUGUUGGGCUUCAUAUUGAAAUGCCUUAGUCUUUAUCAUUGGUAAUCAUUGUAAGGUGUAUAAGCUGUGUUUCAUAGUGCUCUUAUUGUACUCCUAUUAUACUCAUACUGUACCUCUACACGUGUUUGUCUUAUGUAUAUGUUUGUGUAUUAUAACCGACAAUUACUGGAAUAUCAGUAUAAUGUGUUAAAUAUAUUUAUAUUAUAAAUCUAACAUUAUUUUUAUUGGUAGGGUGGCAUAUAGCAGUUGAACUGUCUGUCCGUCUGUCCAAAAACUUUAACAUUGCCUAGAACUUUUGCAAUAUUGAAGGUAGCAACUUGAUAUUUGGCAUGCAUGUUUAUCUAAUGGAGCUGCACAUUUUGAGUGGUGAAAGGUCAAGGUCAUCCUUCAAGGUCAAAGGUCAAAUAUAUGGCGUCAAAGCAGCGCAGUAGGGGGCAUUGUAUUUGUGACAAACAUAUCUCUUGUUAUUGUUAUUAUGCCCAGAGUAGGGUGGCAUAUAGCAGUUGAACUGUCAGUCAGUCUGUGCGUCUGUCCGAAAACUUUAACAUUGGCCAUAACUUUUUCAAUAUUGAAGAUUAAACUUGAUAUUUGGCAUGCAUGUGUAUCUCAUGGAGCUGCACUUUUUGAUUGGUCAUCCUUCAUGGUCAAAGGUCAAAUAUAUGGCUUCAAAGUGGCGCAGUAAGGGGUAUUGACAAACACAUCUUUUGUUAUUAUGUGUAGUUGUUUUUAGGAACUCAAGUUCUGCUUACUUCUCUAAAAUGCAUCAUUAGAUGUUUAUGGUCAAUACAGUUUGGCAAGUGGAGACUUACGUUUAGUCAUUUGGAAGGUCUUUUGCAAAAUUAUAUUCUUAGCUUGUUGGUUUGCCUCAAGUCAACUGAAAGGUACAUGGCAUGCAGACUGUUGCUAUGUUAAACAUGUGUAUUAGCCAAAAAAUAAUCAUAAACGAAAAUACUAUUGCCAAAAAACAGGAAUGAUUUAAAAUAGAGUAUGUUACAUACAGACUUAACUUUCAGGUUGUUUAUAUCAACGGGUGUUAAAUUAUACAUGUGUAUUGGUGUGUGUGAUAAAGCUAGUAUGGUUAUAUAUCGAUAAAAGAAAAUUAUGUUGUUAGUAGCAUCAGUAUGUUUGGAAUAGUAUUUUUAUGCCCCCCUUCAAAGAAGAGGGGGUAUGUUGUUUCGCACAUGUCGGUCCGUCCACCAGAUGGUUUCCGGAUGAUAACUCAAGAACUCUUAGGCCUAGGAUCAUGAAACUUCAUAGGUACAUUGAUAAUGACUUUCAGGUGACCCCUAUUGAUUUUCAGGUCACUAGGUCAAAGGUCAAGGUCACAGUGACUCAAAACAGUAAAAUGGUUUCCUGAUGUUAACUCAAGAAUGCUUACGCCUAGGAUCAUGAAACUUCAUAGGUACAUUGAUCAUGACUGGCAGAUGACCUCUAUUGAUUUUCAGGUCACUAGGUCAAAGGUCAAGGUCACAGUGACAAAAAAGUAUUCACACAAUAGCUGCCACUACAACUGACAGCCCAUAUGGGGGGCAUGCAUGUUUUUACAAACGGCCCUUGUUUUAUAGGAUUCUGUACACCAAAAAAAAGUACUUAAGAUAUCAAAAUCUGUGAUAUACAGUAUCAGUUUUGUCACAUGGUUAUUAAUUUAUGUGAUCAGUGUUAAUUAAUAUGUUCAUUAUCAGUGUUCAUUUACGUGGACAUUAUCAGUGUGACAAUUUCCCCACCAUUAAUAAGAAAAUCAAGACCUUAGAUUUUUAGCUGACCUGAGCACUAUGCUUGGUAUCAAAACCAAGGAAAGUUGGUCAAAGAAACAUCAUUAAACUUGCUCAAAAUAUUUGUUCCCAUGCCGUACUCUAAAAUAGUUAUUGAAACUAUGCAAAACUGAUCAAAACAGUUGAGUUUAUGUGGGUUUCAGGUCUGUUACAUAGGGCCUUUGGCCAUCUUCUUAAUAAUAAGUACUGUAGGGUUUUCAGCAUUUUGAUGUUCAUGAUGCCAGUACUAAAAUAUUGAUAUUGUUUCCCAUACAAUUUCAUUUAUAUCAAAAAGUAUGAUUUCGAUAUAUUUUUGCCUUUAAUCUUAUUUUCACAAAAGAUUGCCUUUACUGUUAAAAAUACAAAUUUAGCAAUAAACGUAACACUAUUGGCAGCACAGAGCAAUUCCAAAUGUUUUGUUUGAAUGAAUAUUGUCUUUUUAUGCCCCCCUUCGAAGAAGAGGGGGUAUAUUGCUUUGCACAUGUCGGUCGGUCGGUGGGUAGGUCUGUCGGUCGGUCCGUCCACCAGGUGGUUUCCGGAUGAUAACUCAAGAACGCUUGGGGCUAGGAUCAUGAAACUUCAUAGGUACAUUGAUCAUGACUUGCAGAUGACCCCUAUUGAUUUUGAGGUCACUAGGUCAAAGGUCAAGGUCACGGUGACCCGAAAUAGUAAAAUGGUCUCCGGAUGAUAACUCAAGAAUGCAUACGCCUAGGAUCAUGAAACUUCAUGGGUAGAUUGAUCAUGACUCGCAGAUGACCCCUAUUGAUUUUGAGGUCACUAGGUCUAAGGUCAAGGUCACGGUGACCCGAAAUAGUAAAAUGGUUUCCGGAUGAUAACUCAAGAACGCAUACGCCUAGGAUCAUGAAACUUCAUGGGUAGAUUGAUAAUGACUCGCAGAUGACCCUAUUGAUUUUUAGGUCAAAGGUCAAGGUCACGGUGACCCGAAAUAGUAAAAUGGUUUUCGGAUGAUAACUCAAGAACGCAUACGCCUAGGAUCAUGAAAUUUCAUAGGUAGAUUGAUCAUGACUCGCAGAUGACCCCUAUUGAUUUUGAGGUCACAAGGUCAAAGGUCAAGGUCACGGUGACCCAAAAUAGUAAAAUGAUUUUUGGAUGAUAACUCAAGAACGCUUUUGCCUAGGAUCAUGACACUUCAUAGGUACAUUGAUCGUGACUCGCAGAUGACCCCUAUUGAUUUUUAGGUCACUAGGUCAAAGGUCAAGGUCACAGUGACAAAAAUAGUAUUCACACAAUGGCUGCCACUACAACGGACAGCCCAUAUUUUUUCAUGACAUUUACAAGAUUUAGUUUGAUUGGAAAAAUGGAGUAUUUGUUUAUUAGUUAUACAUAUUCAUAUUGUUAACACAUUAAUUCCAAAAUCAUAUUUUAGUCCUUUUAUUAAUGCAAUAUAUUGUUAAUCAGUAUAUAUCAUUUUGCAAACGUAUUUGUAUCCAUUAUCAAACAAGAGACAUUGCAUAUUUAGUGGUAAUCUGAGAACAGCUAAGGCCACAUUAUGUGAAUGUUAUGCCCAGAUAUUAAGAUCCAGCAUGCCUUUUAUUGCAGUUGAAUGUACACUUUGUGUAAGGGCUUAUAAUUGAUGCAUGCCAAUUGCUGGAUCAGCAUUCUGUCGCGCCAGUGUCAGGUGAAUUGUAUAUUACAGUAUCAGUGAUUUUACGCAUGGCCUAGAAGUGAUGGCUGCUGUCUGAAGUUCCAGAGUUGUUUCCAUAUUUAUGCCCCCCUUCGAAGAAGAGGGGGUAUAUUGCUUUGCUCAUGUCGGUCGGUCGGUCGGUCGGUCCGUCCAGCAGGUGGUUGUCAGAUGAUAACUCAAUAACGCUUGGGCCUAGGAUCAUGAAACUUCAUAGGUACAUUGAUCAUGACUCGCAGAUGACCCCUAUUGAUUUUGAGGUCACUAGGUCAAAGGUCAAGGUCACAGGUGAAGGUCACAGUUACUGGAAAUAGGCAUUUUAAGGAUUUAGCAUGGAUCAAACAAGGGAAAAAACUACCGUUUAUGCAUGUUCUUUUUGUUACAGCAUUUGCCUCCCUUGUAAUAUAUUUAAAUUUUACCAAAUGUAAGGCUAACUGCUUUUUUGUAAUGCAUACUACUACUACUACUACUACUACUACUACUACUUCAACUACUACUUCUACCACACUACCACCACCACCACCACCACCACUGUUCACAGUGACAAAAAACGUAUUCACACAAUGGCUGCUACUACAACUUAUAGCCCAUAUAGUGGGGCAUGCAUGUUUUACAAACAGCCCUUGUUUACUUGUAUUUUGUAAUAAAUAAUACAACAAUAAAUUCAAAGUUCAAGUUUGAAGAAUUCAGUAAGUGCAUGUGUUUUGCAAUGUUGAUAUUGAGUUAUUAUCCCCGCCGAAGUUUUUUUCGGAGGGGAUAUAGUAAUUGGUCCUGUCCGUCCGGCUGGAUCUUUGUCCGGAGCAUAACUUCAAAUCUACUCAAUGGAUUUACUUUAAACUUAGAAUUAAAACAGAUGGCACCUAGGAGAAGUGCAGUGACCAAGAACCAUAACUCUCUCUACCUUAGUUUUUGAAUUAUCUCCCCUUUUAUAUAACUUUUAAGUAAAUUUUUGUCCGGAGCAUAACUCUAAUUAUACUAAAGGGAUUUACUUGAAACUUGAAAUAAAAAUAGAUGGCAACUAGGAGAAGUGCAGUGACCAAGAACCACAACUCUAUGUAUCUUAGUCUUUUUAAUUAUCUCCCCUUUUAUAUGAUUUUAAAGUAAAUUUUUGUCCUGAGCAUAACUCUAAAUCUACUGUAGGGAUCUACUUAAAACUUGAAAUAUAAACAGCUGGCAACUAGGAGAAGUGCAGUGACCAAGAACCAUAACUCUAUCUACCUUAGUUUUUUAAUUAUCUCCCCUUUUAUAUAAUUUUAAAGUAAAUUUUUGUCCGGAGCAUAACUCUAAAUCUACUGAAGGGAUUUACUUGAAACUUCAAACUUAAACAGAUGGCAAGUAGGAGAAGUGCAGUGACUAAGAACCAUAACUCUAUCUACCUUAGUGUUUGAAUUAUAUCCCUUUAUUUAAUUUCAAAGUAAAUUUUUGUCCGGAGCAUAAUGAAUUAUCUCCCUUUAUUUGUUUUUACAAAUAUUAUUCUACUCUCUAAAACAAAUGUUGUCAUACAAGCAUACAAACACAUUUCGGCGGGGAUUUGGCACUACUGACAGGCUUUUGUUGAAUUAAAGGUGAUACACUGUCUUUUCUUGAUUAUGUAUUUUAUUGAUAAAAAUGAAAUUGUCAAUGCUUAAAAACUUUUUAAGUAAGAUCAAUUAAUGGGUUAUAAAAGCAUUGAAGAAAAUCUCAUGGUAAUUUUACAGUAUUAUAUUGUAUGAUGAGGGACUUGCACUGUUCCAGAGACAAAAUUUAUUUGGGGUGGAUAUCAAUUCAAUGAAUUAGCUUGUUAAAUUUGCAUGCAUCUCUUAUAAACCUUGUUGUUAUGUUAUUAUGAAUUAUGUUUUUAGCCCGGUUUUAAAACUGUUAAUGAUACCGUGUUUUGUAUGUACCAAUUUAUUUUUGGUUUGUUAAAAUUAUAGAUUUUGAUAAGAAUGUUGUGAUAUUGUUUUAGACCUUAAAUGUUAUAUAUUGUAGGAAAAAAGUUUAUGGAUAUCCAUGUACAUUUAAUAUAGUUACAUCACAUUGUUAUAUCAUGACAUAAAUGAAUGAUUAAAUUGAUGAAUGACA